AUGGCCAACAAAGUAGCGAAGGAUCCGGUCUUUAUCCACUCCGGCGCAGCUGAGCUGUUUGCGACGAUGGCAAGUGGACGCGCGAGCCGAGUAAAUGAGUCCAACACCGAGAUCUACUUGAUUGGGACCAACGAGAAUUACAACUUCUCCUUCGAGGAAAACAGCGUUUCGGGUUUCUUCGACAACGUCUUGUUCAAGGAAUGUGUUUUCGAAGGGAAAGGCCUACAGCUUCGCAAUUGCACCUUCGUCAACGUCAAGUUCAAGGACUGCACAUUCGACGGCGUGUGGUUCACCGAUCUGUACCUUGAAGACGUCAUCAUCGUGGGAGAUUCCCGUCAGUGCUUCGUGAUCGACGAGGGCAACCUGUACACGAUCUUCCCAAACCGCUUCCGCCAGAGCAAGAUAGGGCAGAACGGGCGGCCGGAUGAAGUCAUGGAUCUCGCUUGGCUGGCUGGUCAGGUCUCGAUCCUUGACGGUAGUCAGGUUGACUCGGAUGAGAGGCUUGCUCGGCAGCUUGCCGAGGAGGAUGAGAAGCCUGCGUAUAAGCUUGCGAUGGACAGAAAGCAAGAAGAGGCGGGAAUUGAUGACGAGGCACAUUCGUCCAAGAAGAUCUCUGAUGCUGACCGUGCCUGGCUGGCGGGAGGGAAGCCAACCAGUGCUGAAGCCAUGUUGACGAGAACCGAGAGGCGGAUGGGGAAGGGUUCUAGAGUCUUCAAGGCCCGCGCAUCCGCCAAGACUCCCAGCGGUGUGACUACGAAGCCAUCGACUUCGGCAACCCUUCCAGACCUGACCGCUCCUUCCAAGCUCGAUAGCUUGCUGGUCCUCGAUCACAGAUACCCUGCCAUGCUGCCAAGCAUGACGGAUGCUGCGUCAGUGCCCCGCCCACUUGCUAUCGAGGAGGCUGAUGUGAGCGAGCGGGCUGCUGCGAAAGCGACUCUCACGAUCGCAGCUCCAUUUUUCGACGACACAAAGCUCUCUGAGCUACAAGCUCGAUUAGACGGCCAACAGAGUCGUGGUUUGAGGAUUCCACCGGGUGCUCCUACCAUGUUCCAUGCCGUAUCUAAGGCCAUCAUGAAGCUGGAGGACGAGCUUGAUGGUCACAGCGACAACGAUGGCGAUGGCGGACAAGUCGUCAAUCUUGUGCAGCUCGAUUAG